AUGGCAAACAAAUGCAAAGAUCCUCGUAAAGAAUCAGGAUUUUUAAAAGAAUUUAAUAAUAUAAAAGAUAGUAAUUUAUCAUGUAGAAUCUGGAAAUUUGUUGAUACAUUAAGACAAAUAAAAUUAAAAAAAGAUUAUAAUCAAAGACCAUUAAAAAAUAAGAGGAUUUUAAUAGUUGGAGCUGGUCCAUGUGGACUACGAAUGGCCAUAGAAACUAGACUUUUAGGUGGACAUACAAUAUUAAUGGAAGAAAGAAAUGAAUUUACAAGAAAUAAUAUUGUACAUUUAUGGGAUUUUGUUGUUUCUGAUUUAAAAAAACUUGGUGCAAAAUAUAUUUAUCCAAAAUUUUGUAAUGGUGAAAUUAAUCAUAUUGCUAUUAGAAGAUUACAAAUAAUAUUAAUAAAAGUAUGUCUUAUGCUUGGUGUUGAUUUUUAUGAUAGUGUCUGGUUUCGUGAUAUAGUUGAACCAAAACCAAAUAUAAUUAGAAAUCAUAUAAUGGGUUAUAGUGCUUUAGUUUUUCCGGAAGAUCAUCCAAUUGGUGGUUAUGAGUAUGAUUUUAUUAUUGGAGCUGAUGGUAAAAGAGGAGCAUUAAAAGAUUUUACCUAUACAUCAAAUCGUCUUCCACUUGCUAUUGGUAUAACAGCAAAUUUUAUUAAUUUUAAAACACCAUCUGAAGAAGGUGUCAGACAGGUUGGAGGAAUUGGAAGACAAUAUAAAAGACAAUAUUUCGAAGAAUUAGAAACAGAAACUGGAUGUUCUUUAGAAAAUUGUAUAUAUUAUAAAGAUGAAACUCAUUAUUUUAUAAUGACAGCAACAAAAAAAUCAUUAUUAAAUAAAAGAGUUCUUAUAAGUGAUUAUGAAGAUAGAAAUUCAUUAUUAAAAAGUGACAAUAUAAAUCGUAGUGAACUUGAACUUUUUGUAAUAACUGUUGCAAAUUUUAUAACAAUGGGUGAAAUACCAUUACUACAAUUAGUUGAAUUACCUAAUAAAAAAAAAGAUUGUGCUAUAUUUGAUUUUUCAACACAUACAUCAGCUGUAUCAUCAACAUUAUUAUAUGAAAGAGAUAAUUUUACUAUGGCAUCUAUUGUUAUUGGUGAUUGUUUAAAUGAACCAUUUUGGCCAACUGGUAGUGGUAUUGGUAGAGGAUUUAUGAGUUGUUUAGAUACAGCAUAUUUUAUGAAAGAACUUACAAUUGGUGAAAAAAAUAUUUUAGAUAUUAUAAAAGAAAAAGAAUUGUUAACACAUACAUUAUUUCGUGCAACUCCAUCUGAUAUUAAAGGACAAUAUUUAAAUUACGGAUUAAAUCCAACAACACGAUAUAAACAAAUUUUAGAUAGUGAAAUGAUGAAAGAAGGUAAAAUCAAAAUGACACAAAUAUUAUUUGAAACAGCAAAUGUAACAAAAAUGUCUAAUUUUUUUAAUAAUCGCAAAUCAACUAGUCAAUACCAUAAACAUUAUCUUAGAUAUUCAAUGGUUGAACGUCUUAUCAAGCAUAUUCUUUUUGGUAAAAAUAAUAUAAAAUCUACAAUUGGUAUUAGAAAAAGUAUUGACUUAUCAAUGCUUUAUCAACUUUUAAAAAUUGUUUUUCCCAAUGAUAAAAGAUUAUUCUGUGAAUCAACAAUAUCUAUAAAAGAAAUAAUAUUUGAUGUUAUUGAGGAUAAAUUAAAUAUUUUACCACCACAACAACCACUUAAAUAUGGUCAAUUGAUUAGUUAUGUGGGACAAAUUAUCAAUUUAUUCUUACAAAAUUCACCAGAAUAUUUUUUAUCGUAUCUUGAUAAUAUUAUUAAUACAAAUACUAUCAAGUUAUAA